AUGCAUUUCCAGGAGUGGUUACAGACACUUCGAGCAAACGUGGGACUGAAAAUCUCCGAAUCAGAUCAGACAAGACUAGACUGGAGUCUACUGCCGUCCCUGCCUUCAUCGUUAUCCUUGUCCUCGCUCUCCCUGCUGGGUUUAGGAGCGUUUGCGUCCCUUACCGCAUACUGGCUGGUGACCCGUCCUCGCCCUAUGCGGCCUCCUUGUGACCUUCAGGCACAGUCUGUAGCUGUCAAUGGCGAUCCCAGCUGCCGUCGAUCGGCUCUGCUUCAAGAUGACUCGCUGCUGGAGUUCUACCACCCUGACACCAGGACGGCCUACGACAUGUUCCAGAGAGGCCUGAGGAUCGCAGGUGAUGCGCCAUGUCUUGGCUUCAGGAAGCCAGGCCAACCCUACCAGUGGAUAUCCUACACUGAUGUGGCUGAACAAGCACAGGCGCUAGGUUCUGGUCUCUUGGCUAAAGGCUGCAAGCCCAACCCCCAACAAUUUGUUGGGAUAUUUGCACAGAACAGACCUGAGUGGAUUAUUACAGAGCUGGCUUGCUACACUUACUCCAUGGCUCUGGUUCCUCUGUAUGAGACACUUGGGUUGGAGGCUAUGGUCCAUAUUCUCCACCUGGCUGAGAUCACCUUGGUAGUGUGCGACCGCGAGGAAAAGGCCACUUCCCUGUUGGACAACAAGGAGAAGGGUGUCACUCCCAAACUCUGCUGUCUGAUUUUGUUUGACCACAUCAGCGAGACUUUUGUGGAGAGGGCAAAGGCGUGCCAGGUGGAGGUUCUUAAACUGACAGAGCUCAUGGAUAUGGGAAGGCAGAACCUUAAAGAACCUGUGCCUCCCCAGCCUCAAGAUCUGGCCGUCGUUUGCUUCACCAGCGGAACCACAGGCAAGCCUAAGGGAGCCAUGAUCACCCACGGCAACAUCGCCUCGAACACUUCCUCCGUCAUUAAAAUCCUGGAGGGUUCCUUUGUCAUCCGACAAGAAGACGUUUCCAUCUCUUAUCUGCCGCUGGCUCACAUGUUUGAGAGGAUGAUUCAGGUGUCGAUGUUAUGCCACGGAGCUCGAGUAGGUUUCUACCAAGGAGACAUUUCCCUCCUGAUGGAUGACAUCAAAACCCUGAAGCCCACCUUCUUCCCUGUCGUGCCCCGUGUGCUGAACCGCAUUUACGACAAGAUCCUGGGCUCAGUCAAGUCUCCACUGAGGCGAGCUUUGCUUCACUACGCCGUGAGGAGGAAGCAAGCAGAGCUCAGCAGCGGCAUCGUACGCAACAACAGUCUUUGGGAUAAACUGGUGUUCAAUAGGAUUCAGGCUAACUUCGGAGGGAACCUGCGCUUCGCCCUGACCGCGUCGGCGCCCAUCUGCCCCAAGGUGCUCUCUUUCCUCAGAGCCACAAUGGGAUGUCUUAUUUUUGAAGGCUACGGACAAACAGAAUGCACGGCCGGAUGCACCUUCUCCAUGCCGGGGGAUUGGACCGCAGGACACGUUGGCGCUCCUUUGCCUUGUGCUACAGUCAAGCUAGUGGACAUCCCCGACAUGAACUACUAUGCAGAAAAUGGAGAGGGAGAGAUCUGUAUCCGUGGUCCCAGCGUGUUCCGAGGCUACUUGAAGGACCCCGAAAGGACAGCAGAGGCUUUGGACAGUGACGGCUGGCUGCACAGUGGAGAUGUGGGCCAAUGGCUUCCAAACGGGACACUACGCAUCAUUGACAGGAAGAAGCACAUCUUCAAACUGUCGCAAGGAGAGUACAUUGCUCCAGAAAAGAUAGAAAACGUAUACACGCACUGCGCUCCUGUGCUACAGGUCUUUGUGCAUGGAGAUAGUUUACAGUCUCAUCUGGUGGGCAUAGUCGUCCCCGAUCCGGAGGUGUUUGUGGCUUGGGCUAAGGAACGAGGAUUUGUGGACUCGUAUGAAGAAUUGUGUCAAAUUCCUGAUGUAAAAAAGGCAGUGUUGGAGGACAUGAGAGCAGUUGGGAAGGAGGCGGGGCUCAAAUCUUUUGAACAGGUGAGAGACCUCCACCUGCACCCAGAGACAUUCAGCGUGGCCAACGGCCUCCUCACGCCCACGCUGAAAAGUCGCCGCACCGACAUCCGCCGAUAUUUCCAGGAGCAGAUAGCCAGCAUGUACGGCAAAGAGGCCAUCUAA